AUGCCGCCACCAUCGCAUCCCCAGGCCAAGUUCGACCCGAUUCCCCCGAACUUGGACCUUUUUACUCUGGUCGACCAUACCCCGAAUUUCGAAUGGGUCCUCCGAAUCUCGACCGCUCAGAUCCAAGGACUGGGCCCCCAGGAAUUUGAGAAGUUGGUCCAACUGCAAGUCAUUCAAGGCGGGAAGCCCUUGGUGAUUGAGAAAUGGAACGAGGUUCUCCCUGAGUGGCUUUUCAGCGGAGAGUGGAUGGAGAAGACAUACGACAAGAAACAGGAAAAUGUUCGUGACAUUACCGGUCAGACCGAGAUCCCGAUGACCACAGGGCACUAUAUGAGAGCCAUGAAGCAACUCACCAACCAAUGGACACCGAGCAAUUAUCGAGACGAGAGACGGCAACGGCUUUACCUGAAAGAUAUCGACUGCCCGCCCGAAUGGCAAGAACACCUGCAGAAGGUCAUUCCUCCCAAUCUGUUUUACAUGAACGAAAACGUCACGCACAAAGGAGUAGCAGAACCUCGAUCAAACGAUCCCUUCCGAGGCUUUGGCGAUAGAACAAAGGUGGCAGCCGCCGGGGAUCUCAUGUCAAGCCUGCCCGAGGAGAUGCGAGCACAGAAUCUCAUGUGCUACAUCGGACACGAAGGAACAUUUACCCCGGCGCAUCGUGAAAUGUGCGCCAGUCUCGGACAGAACAUCAUGGUCGAGGCUUCGGGCAGUGAGAACGGAGAGAAACCUGGAAGCUCCAUCUGGUUUAUGACGGAAACCAAGGAUCGAGAAGUCGUCCGCGAGUACUUCCUGUCUAUGCUCGGCCAUGACAUCGAAAUCGAGAAGCAUUUUGCCCAGAUCAAUGCCUGGAAAAAGGCAACCUUUCCCGUUUACAUCGUCGAGCAGAAGCCGGGCGAUUUUAUCCUCAUUCCCCCUCUGGCCCCCCACCAGGUCUGGAAUAGGGGUACGCGCACCAUGAAGGUCGCCUGGAACCGUACGACUGUCGAGACCUUGGACAUGGCACUUCACGAGGCCCUUCCCAAAGCUCGUCUUGUCUGUCGUGACGAGCAGUACAAAAACAAAGCCAUCAUUUAUUAUACGCUCAAAAAAUACUUCGCGCAGAUGGUAAAUGCCGAGCAGGACAACGAGAUGGGCAUUGCCGGUUUAAGCUCAGAGAUUUUCCGGUCUUCCUCACGGUAUAAGCAGCUUGCCAAAGAUUUCCGCCAUCUAUUCUCACUUUACACUGAGGUUCUCGUCGACGAAAUGUUUGCGACCAAGGAGAAAAACGUCGAAUAUGUCGAGUAUGACUCUUGCGUCACCUGCUCGUAUUGCAGAUCGAACAUUUUCAACAGGUUUCUGACCUGCAAGCACUGUGUGCGGACCCUGGUCAACGGGGACGAGGAUGCAUACGAUGUUUGUAUGGAAUGUUACGCCAUGGGACGAUCCUGUGUCUGCAUCUCCAAACUUCAGUGGUGCGAGCAAUGGUCGUGGGAACAACUGACGGAGAACUAUGAACUCUGGCGGGCAAUGGUGAUCAAGAAUGACGGCUUCGUCGAUAUAGAGCUAUCACCUCAGCCUCUUGAAAUCGCUCGCACCCGGCGAGGCAAGAAGGCACUAGCCGAAAUAUGUCAAAUGGGCUUGCACAGGCGACCUUUUAAAGAUAUCUCGAGGCUUGACGAGGAUAAGCCACUCACCGAGUCUGAACCAGAGCCAGAGCUGGACGACAAUGGCAAGCCCAAAAAGAAAAAGUACAAGCGCAAGAAGAAGAAGGGGGAACUUCGUCGCUGCCACGUUUGCUGUCACAAGGACUACGCCUACAAGGUGCAAGAAUGCUCAAACCCAAAGUGCAAAGAAAGCUACUGCUAUGGUGUACUUUACCGCGCUUUCGAUCAGAUGCCGCAGACGGUACAGGAGAACGAGAAUUGGCUUUGCCCAAAGUGUUUGGGUAUCUGCAACUGCGGCGCUUGUCGCCGUGCCGAGAUCGGUAACCCCUACACGCCAAAGAAUACCCUUCUUGGUCAUGAUACCCGAGCUAUCGCCGAUGAUAGAAGUGUCGAGGCUCUCGUCGACUUCCGAGUUCACAACCUGAACUGGCUCAAGACAGCUGGUGAAGAAGGCCGCAGCGCGAACAGCAAACGUAUGAAGGAGCUCAGGGAGAAGGCCGACACCGCAAAGGCUCAGGAGAGUGCCUCUCUGACUGCUGAAGACAUCGCUAAUGGCGCUAACGGUGCUGCUACAUCCGCGGAGGGUGGAAUGAACGGAUACGGAGACCAAAGUCAUGUCCUCAGCGAGCAGGACGGACACCAUGCUCAGAACCAAGGCGAUCUGGACGCAAAUCAAGACAUGUCGCAGAUGGACAUUGACCCGUCUGCUCCCAUGGCUAAUAUGAAUGGGGACCCUGAAUGGGACCAGUCAGCAUACCCGGAUCCCUUGGGCAUGGAUGGCCAACCCAUGUUCGGCAUGGGCUACUACCAGCAAAGUGGACCGGACCAGAUUCUGUUCGACCCGUUCCAAAUGCCUUCAAACGACGCCAUGGUGUUUGAUGAGGAGGCCGAGUUUGUCAAGAACAUGUUGCGGGCGCAGAAGCGGAAGGCAAAACAGGAGAAUGACAUGGAUCCAGACUUCCAUGGGCCCAGGAGCCAGAACAGGAAGAAGUCAAAGAAAGACGACGGUGCUGAUGAAUCUGCCAUGGAUCCGGCAUUGUUCGGUUCGGCGCAAUCUGCUGCCGCGGGCCCCGCACUCGAAGCUGCUGGCGGUGAAAUUGCUGAACCAGCAGGUGUGAGCGUUGGUCAGGAGGACGAAGCCUCGGCCCAGCUAGAAAGGGAGGCAGGACUGUUAGGCGGCGCGGCACGACGCGGGCUUCCAGCUCCCCAAUUACCGGCAAAUGUUCCUUCUUUGCGACAUGCAAGGCCUAGAGCGUCUUAUGCUGAGCCAGAAGAACCAAUGAUCGACGACCCCGACGAUAUGGUGCCGGCUUUCAAGCAAAGGCCGCCGGUACAAAACGAUGAGCCACAGCCGGGUGAUGACGGUAAUGAUCCUAGGGACCUGGCUUCUGACGCUGUACGCGCUCUUAUUCAGAAGGGAGCUGAUGCUGCGGCCGCCACCGCCGCCGCUACCGGAGCCGAAACGCCCACAGUGCCGAGGAGGAGGCCAGGCAGGCCGCCGCGGAGUGCGAACUCGACGCCGGCUUCGGCCACAAAGGCCCCCGUAGCCGAUGCUGUUCCAAGGCCGUCUGAUCUCGCAGCAAGGAAUGCGGCGAAGAAACGCGAAGAACGAGCAUCGCGACGGUCGGGCCUGAGCCGCGUUGUGACUAUCGAUGGAGCCAGCUCGUUCAACCCGAGAGCUAGGAAUAACUCCUUCAGCGACAACGACGACGAUGAUGCAGAUGACGAAGACGCAGCUCACGAUGUAACCGAAGCUGAACUCGAGGCUCAACUUGAGCGGGAGUUGGCUGGAGAAGGUCAGUCCCAGAACGCGCCCGUCACCUCUAUUGAAACCGAGACGGCGGAGGCGACUGCAGCACCGCCUAAGAGGCGCCGUGGCCGACCGCCCAAGAAUAAGACUGCCGCAGUAGAGAAGGAACCCGUCGAUCGAUCACCGCCCCCGCCUCCUGCGGGUGCGACAAAGAUGAUGUCAAUGGCAGCUCGUGUUGCAGCUCGCGGAGGAAAGUUUAAGAUCACUUCGCGCAAAUCGCGAGAUGCAAGUGCGAAGCAGACUCCCACUCCAACCCAGGCGUCAUCCGCGAGGCCAUCCGUCAGUCGUAGCGAGCAGCCGGCCAAGAUCGUACCUUCUACUGAAGAAGCAACGGAGCCAGCGAAGGAGACCACCAGAGAACCUUCGAGAGAGCCAAGCAUAGAUCUCACUCCUCCACCUCCUGUUGCGUCAGCUAGAGUGAGAGAGCCAAGCUCGGAUCAUACGCCGCCGCCCCCAGGCACCUCUGGAGACAGACAAUCUAGCUCUGAUCACACACCUCCGCCUCCCGGUGCUUCUAGAGACAGGCAGUCGAGCUCCGACCAUACGCCUCCGCCUCCAGGUGCCGUUGGUCGACGUUGGCGCAAGUCAGACGAAGACGGAUCAGACUUUGACGCUCCCGUGGCGUCGCCGUCCUCUGCAUCUUCCUCUGAUUCAGGCAUUCCCGCCGAUCGUUCUCCGCCACCGCCACCGCCGUCCGCACGCCGGGGUAGGCCUUCGGGUGGUCUGACUGUCGUGAGAAUCGGAUCCGAAUCGGAAUCGGAGAGCGAGAUUUCGUCGUCUUCCGAGUCGGAGAGUGGGAUCGGUGGUCCGGAGCCUAGCAGGAUGAGAGGGGGUUCUACUCGGGGUAGAGGGAGAGGACGUGGACGUGGACGUGGACGUGGACGUGGAAGGGGCCGUGGUAAUUGA